GUUAAGCCCACACCACUCACUCUCACUCUCAAUACUCACCUCCUAAACCUAAUUCUCUCCCUCAAUCCUUUGAUAUUUUUUCGCAUCCAUUCUGGGUUGGUUCAAGAAGAACUUUUUUGCAGCCAAUACCAGUAAGAAUCUAUAGCAUACAUCAAUGGCAAUGGCGGUGGAGGAGGAUAGACUUUCGAAACUACCUGAUGAAGUCAUCCUACACAUUCUGUCGUUUCUACCCACUGAGGAUGUCGUUCGGACAUGCCUCCUAUCAAAGCACUGGAAACUCAUGUGGUACUCAGUCCCCACUCUCUCUUUCUCUGAUGCUGAUGGUAUUGACUCGGACAUAGAAAAGUUGUACGAGUAUGUUGACAAUUAUUUGAAACACCGCAAGACAAGUAAGAUUUUUAUGGUCGAUUCAACCAUAACUAGCUUUAAGCUUCAGAUGAUGAAUUCCUAUCAAAUCUACAAAGAUGCUUGCAUUGAUAAAUGGUUAGCUUUUGCAGUUGAGAAUAAAGUCAAGGAAAUAAGUGUUUGCUUGAACAGCUGUUGUCUUCGUAAUAGGUUAUAUGGUCAUUAUACAUACCACGUUCGUUACCGCUUACCAAAAUCAAUAGUCAACGCAAGAGAUUUGACUAUUUUGAAGUUGAAUGGGUUAGCUUUGGAUAUUUCUUGUUCAAUGGGAUUUCCUGCACUGAAAACAUUGUCGUUGAAAGAUGUAAGCAUUGAAAAUCAUAAUAAGGAUGAUCAUACACUAUUUAAGCUUUUGUCUGGGUGCUCAUCCCUUGAGAAAUUGUGUCUAAGAUCAUGUUCUAACUUAAAUCUUGGUGUGCUCUGUUCACAAAGUCUCAAGUGUCUGAAAAUUAGAAAUGUUGAUCUAUUAUCUUUUGAAGUUGAAGCCACAAAUCUUGAAACUUUGAUAGUAGAUUGGCUAAUCUUUAAAAAUUCCUUUUCUGCAUGUAAGACAAUCAGAAAUCUGACACUAUGUUUUAGUUGUUUUAGUUGUUGUGAUGAAGACUCGUCAUCAUCAAUAAAGUAUCAGAUUCUUUCACUCCUCGAGAAUUGGACUUUGAAGCAAUUAUCUCUUGAAACUCCUGCUGCACUUGUAAAGUUGGGGCUGCCAGUGAGAGAAUCAGACUUGAAAGAUGUGGAUUUCUCUUUCUUUAGAAACAUUAUUUAUUGAUGAGAAAGUCAUAUUUGGGUUGUAACUGCUAAUUAUGAGCAUAAAUGAUGGUCUUUUAUUCGUUUUCUUUGCUAUUUGCUACUUUAGUCCUUUUGAGAUUGUAUUUACUUUAAC